CUUCCUGCAAGUGAGGCUCUUGUUUUUGGCAGCGAGGGCACGGCUCUGGCGGCCCUAGUUCGCUUGAUGUGGGGUGGGCGGCAUCUCGAGGCCCACAUGAGCCAGGGACGUCAUGCCCGCGGUUGUCGGGACCUGGGACAGAACCCUUCCGGACGUUCCUCAGGCAAGAAGAAGGGUAAAAACAGCAUUCCGGAAAGAUGGAAUGAGUAUCUCCCAGUUGGACAGCGGAUGCCUGGGACUCGUUUCAUAGCCUUCAAAGUUCCUUUGCAAAAGAGUUUUGAAAAGAAGCUUGCUCCAGAAGAAUACUUUUCCCCUUUGGAUCUUCUUGACAAGAUCCGUGAACAAAAUGAAGAGCUUGGGCUGAUUAUUGAUUUAACAUAUACUCAGCGCUAUUAUAAGCCAGAGGACUUGCCAGAAACUAUUUCUUACUUAAAAAUUUCUACAGUUGGGCAUCAGGUGCCUGAUGAUAAAACUGUUGUUAAAUUCAAACGUGCUGUUAAUGGAUUUGUGAAAGAAAAUAAAGACAAUGACAAGCUUAUCGGUGUCCACUGUACUCACGGCUUAAACAGGACUGGCUACCUCAUCUGCAGAUAUUUGAUUGAUGUACAAGGCAUGAGGCCAGAUGAUGCAAUUGAAUUGUUCAAUAGGUGUCGGGGACAUUGUUUAGAAAGGCAGAAUUACAUUGAAGAUUUGCAGCAUGGCCCUAUUAGAAAGGGUCAAAAUUCUAGAGUAUCCAGACCAAGUGGUUUUGAAGGUUCAACACAUCUCAUGGACCCAACCCACAUCGCUAAUAAGGCUGUUCACCAAGGUCAUCGACAUAACCAGCAUUGGAGACGUGGCGACAUGGCGCAUUCUCAACACGUCCGUAACCACACCUCAGACUUCAAGCAUCCAGUCAGGAAAUUUUCACAAUGUCAGGUUUACCAGAGAAGCCACCUGCCUCCUCCUGGUCCCCCUGAAGAGGACUAUUUCCAGAAGAGAUACACUUGGAAAGUGAAGUCAGAUGGCGGUAGGGAAACACACAGCAGAAGGUGGCAUUCAGACCCGAACCACACAGUGUCCUACCCGGCCUGCUGGGGAUGGGCCGAGUGACAGACUUGCUGGGAAGCCUCUUGCAGACCACAGCUGGACCGCUGUGAGUUCAAGGGACUCUGAAUUAAAUGACCUCAAACAAGGGUUUUUAAAUCUAUUUUAUCAUUCCCUUAUGUGUUCAAGCUCAAAGAAUUAUAAUUACCUCUUUGCAGAUAUAUUUGCCAUAAUUUCACCAGUACAGGAAAAGAGUGUGUCAUUCUAGUCUUAAAUUUUUCUAAAAACGAAAUUUUGGAACUAUAAAAUACUAAUAACUUCCCUUACAAAUUAUUUUUUUAAAUUAUAUCUGACUUUUGUAUGUAUUUUCUUUUGAUUAAAUAUGAUGUGAGCGUGUAUGGGAAUGCACAGAAAAUUUUAAGUGUUAUUAUGUGCUACUAUUGACCUAGACAUUUUUUUUCUUGAAUUUUUGAUUUCAAAUUUUCUAUUAAAAUCUACCAAGAGGAAACUUUCUUUUAGAAUCUAAUCACUGUCUGUAAUUAAGGCCUUUUGGGGAUUAGCUACUUCUUGGAUAGUUGAUUGUGAAGUAGGGCCCAACUUUAGUUUGCUGUAUGUGCCAGACAUAUCAGAUGGAUAAAAUUUUAGAGAUUAUCAAUGGAGCAAGAGAGGCAGGUGGUUUAUUAAGUUGUAAAGGAUAAUUUACCUGACAGGAUAAUUUUCUUCAACAGGGUAGAACUAUCUAGAAAACUUGAACACUUAAUGCGUUAGAAAGAUUGCUUUGUGCAAAGAAGAUAUGAAAAGACUUAGAUCUGGGAUUAUAGAUCUGGGAUCACUCAGUUGAUGUUUCUGCUUGCUGUUUAAUUAACUCCCUGGUUCUUUGUCCAUUUGCCUCUCACAGAAAGUGUAGGUUUGCCUUAUUUUGUAGGUUGUCUUUUCUGGUAUACCUCUGGAAAACAGUUGGAUCAUGCAGCAAGUUGUUUAUUAACUUUCAUGCAGACAAAGGGACAAACUUUUGGUUCCUGACACAAGUGUUUGGUCAUCAUGGCAUACAAUAAACCUAUGUAAAUAUUUGAUAAAAUA